GUACCCGUAGUAACACCGGAAGUCGUGUAUCCGUGCUGCAGCAGAGAGCGUGUAACUGUCACCGUUUCCUGACUUUUCUGUGAUAUUUAUUCAUAUUUAAUUAAAUUUGUAUUAUCAUAUAGACAUAUUAUGGCUGGAAGUCGACUUGAGAAAUUCGGGACCGUAUUUACGCGGGUUCGUGAUUUAAUGCGAGCUGGAGUCAUCAAGCACGAGGAAAGGCCCAUCUGGUUUGAUGUGUAUGCUGCUUUUCCUCCUAAGAGAGAACCUCUCUAUGAGAAAGCUGUGAGACCACUGAAGAUACAUGCAGCAGAUACUGUACCUGAAAUCUUAUACAAAGAGGAUGAAAUACGAGCGAAGUUCUUUGAGGUUUAUGGUAAUGGACCAAGAGCUUUUGAGCUCCUCAAGCCCAAUUUUGUAUCAUCAUGUCAGAGGUUUGUUAUGAAGUACGGUGAAUUAGAAAGCAGAGGGGAUGUCAAACCUGAGCUGCUGUUUGAAGAGACUGCAAAAGUGCUGCUUGCAGAGGGCAUUUAUUUAAGAAAGAGAGGAGGACCUGCGGUGAGCCUGAGAGCUAGGGUUUGUUUAUUGUUCUUUAGAUUGACUGACAUGUUGGCAGAGCAGCAAAGAGACACAGACGUGGAGACAAAUAUUCCAGAGAAACAGCCAGGGGCAGAGAUGGUGAACCCUGACAGACAGACAUCGUCAUAAAUGUACCACUUCUCUUCAGUUAGGGCAGUGUAAACUGCUCCUGCCUCUAGCACAUCAGUGUGCCGGUCAAUCAUGCAAUCAAACACUGGGACACAGAUAUAGUUUGUACAGUUGUGGACACUGUAAACUCACGUGUCUUUACCCUUUGCUGGUGUCAAAUGAG